UAUUUUAUUUGUAGGGGGAAAAAAAAAAAUACAGUUUAGGGGUUCUCACUUCCCAUAGUGUUCUAAAGGGGGAAAAAGAAGGAUUCUUUACUGAGAUUGCAAGAAUUUUUGAGAUCUCUAGUUUGGGCUGUUGAGUGUGGAGUGCAGGAUUGUACGGGAGGCUUUAUCUAUAUAUGGAGUUGAUGCCAUCUUAGGGUUGCUUAGUUUCUCGAGUCAAUGCUGGUGUGAACUGAAGGUUUGACCUAUAAGUGCAAGCUUUCUUGGACAUGGAAGUGAACUUGACUGCUGGGUCUGGUCGGGUUUUCAUGGCAGGAGUGCUGCUGCUGAUUUUUUGUAUUUGGGUGCCCAUACUGGGUAGGGCUCAAAAUGCCAGUGUUUCUUCUUCAGCUGCAAAUGUUGUGAAUAUUGGUGCCGUGUUUACUUUGAAUUCAUUCAUUGGAAGAGCGGCACAGCCGGCGAUUUUAGCUGCAAUUGAUGAUGUUAACUCUGAUUCGAGCAUUCUUGAAGGGAGGAAACUGAACGUUAUUUUUCAGGAUACAAAUUGCAGUGGAUUUCUUGGAACAGUGGAAGCAUUGCAGCUGAUGGAGAAAGAUGUGGUUGCCAUAAUCGGCCCACAAUCAUCUGGAAUAGCUCAUGUUAUGUCCCAUGUCGUAAAUGAAUUUCACAUACCACUUCUGUCCUUUGGGGCGACAGAUCCCACCCUCUCUGCACUGCAGUUCCCGUAUUUCCUCCGCACUACACAGAGUGACUAUUACCAAAUGUAUGCAAUUGCUGAUUUGGUUGAUUUUUUUGAAUGGAGAGAAGUAAUUGCAAUUUUUGUAGAUGAUGAUUAUGGAAGAAAUGGGAUUUCAGUAUUGGGUGAUGCCCUUGCUAAGAAGCGUGCCAAGAUUUCUUAUAAGGCUGCCUUCACACCUGGAGCCACCAAGAAUGAAAUCAGUGACUUGUUGGCUGGAGUGAACCUAAUGGAAUCUCGAGUUUUCGUUGUACAUGUUAAUCCUGACUCUGGCCUGUAUAUUUUCUCUGUUGCAAAGGUUCUUGGAAUGUUGAACAAUGGUUAUGUUUGGAUUGCCACAGACUGGCUUCCUUCUGUUUUAGAUUCAUCAGAAACGGUUGAUCCUGAUCAAAUGAAUCAAUUACAAGGAGUUGUUGCACUUCGCCAUCACAUCCCUGAUUCUGAUCGCAAAAAGAGUUUUACAUCUAGGUGGAACAAGUUGAAGAACAAGGGGAUUUCCGGCCUGAACUCUUAUGCUUUCUAUGCUUAUGAUUCUGUUUCAUUAGUUGCACAUGCUCUUGAUGUUUUUUUCAAAGAAGGUGGAAAUAUUUCUUUCUCUAGUGACCCAAAGUUGCACGACACAAAUGGAAGCAAACUACAAUUAUCUACACUCCAUACUUUUGAUGGUGGCCAGAAAUUACUCCAAACCCUAAUUACAACAAACUUUACAGGUCUGAGUGGUCAGAUUCAAUUUGAUUUGGAGAAGAAUCUAAUUCACCCAGCAUAUGAUGUUCUCAACAUUGGUGGAACUGGAUUCCGCAGAAUAGGUUAUUGGUCAAAUUAUUCUGGUCUCUCAGUCAUCACUCCAGAAAUCUUAUAUACGAGGCCUCCAAACACUUCUUCUAGCAAUCAUCAUCUUUACAGUGUUAUAUGGCCUGGUGAAAUUACAGCAAAGCCUCGGGGAUGGGUGUUCCCUAAUAAUGGGAAGCCACUGCGAAUUGGGGUGCCUGACCGAGUAAGUUUUAAAGAUUUUGUGGCGAGAGACAAGGGGCCCCUUGGGGUCAGAGGAUAUUGCAUUGAUAUCUUUGAAGCUGCAGUAAACUUGCUGCCUUACGCAGUUCCACACACAUAUAUGCUAUAUGGCAAUGGUUUGAGAAAUCCUAGCUACGAUGAUCUUGUGUCUCAGGUUGUGGGAAAUAAAUUUGAUGCUGCUGUUGGGGACAUCACAAUUGUUACAAAUAGAACAAGGAUAGUGGAUUUUACCCAGCCUUUCAUGGAAUCUGGACUCGUCAUAGUUGCUACGGUGAAAGAGACAAAAUCUAGCCCUUGGGCUUUCCUCAAGCCAUUCACCGUGCAAAUGUGGUGUGUUACUGGUGCCUUCUUUAUUUUUGUAGGAGCAGUUGUUUGGAUUCUUGAGCAUCGUAUAAAUCAAGAAUUCCGUGGUCCACCAAGCCAGCAACUCAUUACCAUCUUUUGGUUCAGUUUCUCCACAAUGUUUUUCUCACACAGAGAGAACACAGUGAGCACCCUUGGACGUCUGGUGCUGAUCAUAUGGUUAUUUGUAGUGUUAAUCAUCAACUCAAGCUACACAGCUAGUUUGACAUCAAUCCUCACAGUACAGCAGCUGACAUCACGGAUUGAAGGAAUUGAUAGCUUGAUCUCGAGUAAUGAUAAAAUUGGAGUUCAAGAUGGGUCCUUUGCAUGGAAUUAUUUGAUUGAAGAGCUCAACAUACCAGUGUCUAGGCUUGUCCAUUUAAAAGAUCAGGAGGAAUAUGCUGAUGCCCUCCGGUUGGGACCAAAAGAAGGUGGGGUAGCUGCCAUUGUUGAUGAGCUUCCUUACAUUCAGGUCUUCUUGGCCAAACUGAACUGCGCCUUCAGGAUUGUUGGACAGGAGUUUACAAAAAGUGGGUGGGGAUUCGAAACUCCAAGAUAAUCUCAUGUUCAAUUUCCUUCUUGACUCAGGCAUUCCAAAGGGAUUCUCCUCUUGCAGUUGACUUGUCAACCGCCAUUCUUCAGCUCUCAGAGAAUGGUGAACUCCAAAGAAUCCAUGAUAAAUGGCUAUCAAAUAAGGAGUGCUCCUCGCAACUCAGCCAAGUUGAUGAAAACCGACUCUCACUCUCAAGCUUCUGGGGCCUAUUUCUCAUUUCUGGCAUUGCAUGCUUUGUAGCUCUCACCGUAUUCUUCUUUAGGACCUUUUGUCAAUACCGCAGAUAUGGCCCAGAGGAGAAGGAGGAGGAUGACAACGAGAUUGAUAGUCCAAGGCGGCCUCCCCGCCCUGGCUGCCUGGUUUUUAUUGACAAGAAAGAAGAAGAGAUCAAGGAGGCUCUUAAGCGGAAGGAUUCAAAGCAACGGGCUAGCAAUUCAACUCCUUAGAGUUAGAGCUACUGAUAACUAAUGUUCAAUUCAAAUUCCCGUAUACUAAAUUAUCUGCUCCUUUCCUUCUAUACCAAAGGUUAGGCAGAUAGAAUCAAAUAGCUAUUUGCCUGGCUUUCUCAUAGAAAUUCAGAAGGCUUUUUGCUGGUUAUAUGCUAUAUAUCUGCAUAACACAAUGCUCUCUGUUCUACCUUUUUUUUUCUUUUUUUGGUCCUAUUUAUUUUUUUCCAAAGGAAGGGAGCAUGUAUUUCAAGAUGUAGAUAGUUCUUUGUAGUUUGUAUGUGAUCUUCAUGGAGGAAAAUGAUGUUAUAAAGAGCAUUUCUUUGGCUAAA